UAAUACUUUAAACAGAAGCUAAAAACAUUUAGUUUUUACUACAUACAAUUAACUGAUUAAAAAUAGGCCUAGGCAAAAGAUUUGAAGAGAAAAAGGAACAUCAACUCCAUGUCACAAAAAGAUAAUUUACAGAAUAAGAUGUUAUACAUUAAACAGAAGCUAAAAACAUUUAGUUUUUACUACACACAAUUUACUGAUUAAAGUAAGUGAUUUACUUUGUAAAUCUUUAAUUUAAAUUAUUCAUAACUUUUAUAUGACUGAUGCAACCAACAUUGUUUGAAAGCAACAUGGUGAAGACAACGAUUUCUUGAGUAGGCUAAUUUAACUGGAUGGAACAUAGAGUCAAGACAUAAAAGCAAAAUGCCUCAAGUAACCUAUGUGGUAUGAUGUCUAAUACACAUAACAAUCUUUGAGCAAGAGCUGAUCACAUUUUAUUAAUACACUAAUUAACUGUUCAACAUCUAACCAAUUCUACAAAAAUAGACAUAUAAAACCAGCAGAAUAAUUCAGAGUAGUAUCAUCUUGCCUGAUGUUAGAAAUCGGAAAUAUAAAACAUAAAAUGUUUAAUAUCACUAAAAAGCGUCUCCUUAACUGUCCAAUAUGUAGAAAAAUGUUUUCAACUAUAAGGAGUAUGAAGUAUCAUAUAUAUUUACACACAGGCGAGCGUCCCUUUAGAUGUUUGACAUGUAAGAAAACAUUUAAUCAAAUAUCUCAUCUAAAGUAUCAUUUGUUAACACAUUCUGGGAUGUGUCCUUACAAGUGCAUUACAUGUGAAAAAUCUUUCAAAACCACCAGCCUUUUGAAGAUACAUGCAUUGGUUCACACGGGAGAUCGACCUCAUCAGUGCCCUACAUGUGGAAAAUCCUUCAAAUCCAAGGGAGAUAUGAAUAAACAUACAUUGGUUCACACGGGAGAUCGACCUCAUCAGUGCCCUACAUGUGGAAAAUCAUUCAAAUCCAAGGGAGAUAUGAAGAAACAUACUUUGGUUCACACGGGAGAGCGACCUCAUAAGUGCCCUAUAUGUGGAAAAUCUUUCUCAACCAGCAGCUAUAUGAAGAGACAUACAUUGGUUCACACAGGAAAUGGACCCCAUAAGUGCACUACAUGUGGAAAAUCCUUCUCAACCAGCAGCUAUAUGAAGCUUCAUUUAUUGGUUCACACAGGAGAACGACCUCAUGAGUGCACUACAUGUGGAAAAUCCUUCCGAAACAGCAGCUAUAUGAAGAGACAUACAUUGGAUCACACAGGAAAUAGACCCCAUAAGUGCACUACAUGUGGAAAAUCCUUCUCAACCAGCAGCAAUAUGAAGCUUCAUUUAUUGGUUCACACAGGAGAACGACCUCAUCAGUGCACAACAUGUGGAAAAUCCUUCCGAAACAGCAGCUAUAUGAAGAAACAUACAUUGGUUCACACGGGAGAGCGACCUCAUCAGUGCCCUACAUGUGGAAAAUCAUUCAAAUUCAUGAGAGUUAUGAAGAAUCAUACUUUGGUUCACACAGGAGAGCGGCCUCAUCAGUGCCCUACAUGUGGAAAAUCAUUCAAAUCCAAGGGAUAUAUGAAGAAACAUACUUUGGUUCACACGGGAGAGCGGCCUCAUCAGUGCCCUACAUGUGGAAAAUCAUUCAAAUCCAAACAAUAUAUGAAGAGACAUACAUUGGUUCACAAAGGAGAGUGACCUCAUUAGUGCCCUAGAUGUCGAAAAUCAUUCAAAUCCAAGGAAUAUAUGAAAAAACAUACAUUUGUUUACACGGGAGAGUGACCUCAUCAGUGCCCUAGAUGUGGAAAAUCAUUCAAAUCCAAGCAAUAUAUGAAGAGACAUACAUUGGUUCACAAAGGAGAGUGACCUCAUUAGUGCCCUAGAUGUCGAAAAUCAUUCAAAUCCAAGGAAUAUAUGAAAAAACAUACAUUGGUUCACACAGGAGAGCGGCCUCAUCAGUACCCUUCAUGUGGAAAAUCAUUCAAAUCCAAGGAAUAUAUGAAGAAACAUACAUUUGUUUACACCGGAGAGUGACCUCAUCAGUGCCCUACAUGUCGAAAAUCAUUCAAAUCCAAGGGAGAUAUGAAGAAACAUACUUUGGUUCACAGGGGAGAGCGACCUCAUCAGUGCCCUACAUGUGGAAAAUCAUUCAAAUCCAAGGAAGAUGUAAAGAGACAUAAAUUGGUUCACACGAGAGAGCGACCUCACAAGUGAAAAAUCCUUCCAACCAGCAGUCAUAUGGAAAGACUUAUGAAUAAUUCAUUCACACUGGAGAGACCUUAUAAGUGCACCACAUCUGGAAGAUUCAUCACAAAUAGUUGUAAUGUGUUCAAAUUCAAAUAUAUUUAUUUAGGAUAUUACAAGCAUGGCCUCGCCAAGUUUACAAAACUUGUCGGCAAGGACCAAUAGAUUCAAAAAAAGUUUACAGAUUUUUCUCUUUUUUCUUUAGUUUUGUUUUCUAAGUACAAAGAAUUAUGAAAACUAGUUCAAAGGUGGUUUGUGGCAGGCACCUAUUAAGAAAAUGGAAAACGUCUCAGCAUAUUACAGCCACAAAAAAUAUUUCUGCCACUUUCUGGUUAAAGGCGCCCGUAAAGAUCCAUCAGAUUUCGGGGUUCCAUAAGAAACACGUCACCACAAAAAUUCACACAUGCACAUAUCUCGUGACAUUUGGGCUAGAGAGUAUUGCGGAAAUGCGAAAUAACCUUCCUAGGAACCUAAUACACAUCACAUCCAUUGAAUCCUAAUCAUUAUUUGUAUCAAUUGUCAAUGGGUAGUAUGUGUGGUGGAUCUUAUUGUAAAUAAACCAAGCUAUUGUUAAACAACGAACCAAACGUCUCACCUGUGACCUAAAAGUGUUUAAGCACUAUGACAAAAUUUCAGGUUGAAAGACAAAAUUAGAUUUUAAAAUAAGUAAUACUCGUCUCACCUCAAAUUAGGUCACACCUUACAUUUUUCCAGAUAGCUCAGCCUACAAUGAGAUAGUACAGGGCUCUAAUAUUCAAAGCUUGUCAAGCCAUUUAAUAAAUAGCCUACAACAUUGUAGCAGUAUUUUUUUGCCAAGCAGCUUUUUUUCGGAUUGAUUUUCAGUUUGACCCCUCUCA